AUGAAAGCUCUUCGUGGCCACGGUUUCAGCCGUGAACGGUUCAUCCCUGUUUCCGAAGAAUACAAAUCAGUUCUACUUGAUUUUGAUGAUGAUGACGCGAAUGCCCAUUUGUUAUUCAAUGCAAUACUUGAGAAGAGAGGUGCUCUUCUGACAACAAUCAUUGUCGUAGUGGCUCACUCUAAAGAUAAAAAUAGAUUUACUCGUGAUGCCAUUGACGAUUCUCACUGA